CGCGCAAUGGCGCCGCCGGGGCCGGGAGCGGAGCCGCGCUUGGCGGGGCCCGGGGGAACGGGGUAGCUUUGAAACUGGCCCAGAUGGCCAGGCUUUUUCGGAGGGAAAGGAGCAGUUCCCCGGUGAAAGUGGUGGAGACUCUCGGGACACCUGCACAGCUCUGGAGCAAGAGAUGAAGAAGUUUUGCUGUUAAAGCAGCUUGGUCACAGGGGGCUCCAACAGAAAACUGCACCAGGACAACACCACAGCCCACGGGCUCGAGUUCUGCUUGACAUGGCCAUGUUCUACUAGCCCUGCCAUGACGGCAUUUUUCCCCAGUGUUCCCAACUGGAUUCAAGAUGCAAAGCAGGAGGAGGAAGAGACAGGCUGGAAAUUAGUCCCCAGACCAAGAGGUGAAGAAACCGACAGUCAGGGAAAAUGCCAGUGUGAACUAUCAGAGCCCUCCUUCCCUCACGUGGACAAGCUGAGAACUCACACGCUUUCCCACUCGGAGCAGAGGCCCUACAACUGCCCCCAGCUGCACUGUGGCAAGGCCUUUGCCUCCAAGUACAAGCUCUACAGGCAUAUGGCCACGCACUCUGCUCAGAAGCCCCACCAGUGCAUGUACUGCGAGAAGAUGUUCCACAGGAAGGAUCACCUCCGGAACCACCUGCAGACCCACGACCCCAACAAGGAGGCCCUGCACUGUCCCGAGUGCGGCAAGAACUACAACACCAAACUGGGCUUCAGGCGACACCUGGCCAUGCACGCAGCUGCCAGCGGUGACCUCAGCUGCAAGGUGUGCCUGCAGACCUUCGAGAGCACCCAGGUCCUGCUGGAGCACCUCAAAGCCCAUUCCAGGCGCGCGUCCGGCGGGGCCAAGGAGAAGAAGCACCCGUGUGACCACUGCGACCGGCGCUUCUACACCCGCAAGGACGUGCGCAGGCACCUGGUGGUGCACACCGGGCGCAAGGACUUCCUGUGCCAGUACUGUGCUCAGAGGUUUGGGAGGAAAGACCACCUGACCAGGCACAUGAAGAAAAGCCACUCCCAGGAACUGCUGAAGAUUAAGACGGAGCCGGUGGACAUGUUGGGUCUGCUCAGCUGCAGCUCCUCUGUGGCAGUGAAGGAAGAGCUGAGUCCUGUCCUGUGUAUGGCAUCCAGAGACAUGAUGGGUGGUAAGAGCUUCCCUGGCAUGCUGCCCGUGGGCAUGUACAGCACACAUCUCCAAACCAUGCCAAGCUCAGGGAUGCCCCAUUCUUUGGUUCCUAAUUCUCUUCCAAUGGGAAUGAGCUAUCCUCUGGAGUCUUCUUCUCCCAUCUCCUCCCCACCGCAACCUCCUCCAAAGUAUCAGCUUGGAUCUACCUCAUAUUUGCCUGAGAAACUACCCAAAGUAGAGGUGGACAGCUUUUUGUCAGACUUCCCUGGCAGUCUGUCUCUCUCAUCUGGUGAUCCUCAGUCCUCUUCGCCUCAGCCACCCGCCCUGGAUGAGGCUUUGCUUUCCAAGAGCCCUGCUAACCUCUCAGAGGCUCUCUGUGCUGCUAACAUGGACUUUUCUCAUCUUCUUGGCUUCCUUCCCCUAAACCUUCCCCCUUGCAAUCCACCUGUCUCGUCAGGGGGAUUGGUCAUGGGCUACUCGCAGGGGGAGGCGCAGCCACUGCUCACCACUUUGCAACAUCAACCUCAAGAGUCUCCCGGAGCCGGGGCCUCGCUGAACUUUGGGCCCCUUCACUCGUUGCCCCCCGUCUUCACCUCCAGCUUGAGCACAACCACGCUGCCACGGUUCCACCAGGCGUUCCAAUAAGCUGGAAAUAGCACUGGAGAACAGAUCUUUCAGUCACCCUUUUGUGGAGAGCCUUAAAAGCGCACAACUCUUCCUUCCUUGGGGGUGUGAAAGCUCUGGCAGAGCUGGGUCAGACAGGAGGUUUCUGAUCUCGGAGGGAGCACUUGUGGACUGGAACCUGUGCAAGUCCCAGUCCUGUACAGCAGAAAGAUUUCAGCUGAUAGACUGGAUAUAUUUUAUCUAAUUUUUAAUCUGUGAAUCAGGAGCCGCGCUUAGCACUGACCUUCCCUGAGAAUGCUGGAGCUGUAUUCCUCUCUGGGAAGGGACUGUCCCUCAGAAGGAGCUGAGACUCUUUCAUCCUGGGCUAAACUUUUGAAGAGUCCAGCUUCCAUUUCAUGUUACCACACUGCAAUUCUGGCAAACCAGCCAACACCUCCACAUGGAGAAGAAGUCAUGAUACCACUCUGUAUGAAGCCAAUGGGGAAGAGCUGUCCUUCCCUGCUACCUCUCAUCCCAUCACCCAACACAGCUUACUCCACAUCAGUGUUAAGCAACAAGCCCGUUUACAUAGUGAAUUCAACGCCGCCUCUUUGGAGCUGUUAGGAUAAACUCGUUAUGGUGAACAUUGUUUACACAACACAAAUCUGUUUCUGCCAUUGCAAAAAAUAGGAGGCACCAGAAUACACUGGGUUCAUCUCUGGUGUAGCUAGAACACUGUUUACACAACGAAGUCAGGUUGCACUGAUUUCUCUUCACUUAUCAUGUUCUUCCCCCAUGGGGAAAUCCACUGCUUUUGGACCACUUCAGCCUUUGCCCCCGUAGGCAGCAGCUUCCUGCCUUUUCUGGCUGGCUGUCCCGAGUGAAGGGGAUGGAGCAGCUCUCACAGCUCAGCUUGGUGUGUGGUGUAUGGACAGAGCCCUUUGAAAUCUCUCCCCCAGGCAAACAGAUCUGGAAACCAAAGCACGUCAGAGAGCUGGGUGAGGAGCUCGGGCCAUCGAGCACUGGCAGACCAGGCGUGGGUGAGAACAGGCUGCAGGCCCUGCUCCACACCUUCCCUUGGGAUGAGGAACAGAGUAUGAGUUUCUGGGGUUUGGGCUUUUUUUAACCACUCAUUGAAGUCAGCACCCUUUUUGGCUUGUCCAGGAAGGAGUCUCAAAGGUGUAUUUUAACCUCAAUGGUGAUAACAUGCAAGAAUCAGGGAAAAAUUGGUCCCAGCUUCAUAUACACAGUCAGUGUAUUUGAAGCAUUUCUCCCAACACCAAUAGUUCUAACAAAUGCUGAGGUUUGGGGCCUGCAGUCAAGUUUUCACUUAGGAUUUGGUUCCACUGGCCUUUUUUGUUCUCUCCUGCUCAAGCCUUGCCUCCUAAAGUUAAAGUCCUGCUUCCCUUGCUCCCUGCCCUACCUCUUCAACUCUUCCAUGGGCUGUCUACCUACCAGGGCAGGAGGGUUAUCCUGGGAAGAGGCAGCCAGCUGCUGGUGUCACUUAGCACCUGUAUUGUCUCCUGCUCCUGUUUUCCUGGGCACUUCUACUGCAGAUGGGGACAUAUGGAGGUCUCUCUGCACUGGUGCAUGUUUGUGACCAUGGAUGGGCAGAUCUUCAUACCUCAGCAUGGAGGAACCAUUGUAGGCCAAUAUAAACCAGGAAAUCUGUCAAUAUUGUUCUCCAUAAAUCUAGGAAAUGCAAAAUCUACCUCUACUCUGUUAUCUCAGCUCCUUGGGUGAAGCCAGAUGCUGUCCUCCCCGUCUCCCCAGAGCACAUCCACCUCAGUUGAUGCAGAUUCCUUCCUGCUGAGCCAUGAUCCCACUGUGUGACAUCAGCUGUGCCUCUUUUGGUCACAGGCAUGUCCCCCUUCCAUUUUACUCCAGAAUUUUAUUUUUAAUUUAGUUUAGUAAUUCUUCCCAGAAUGACUCUUUAGCAAUCCAUUGAUUCUCCAGAACAUAGAUCGGUUGUUUUAGGUUAGCCAGCAAUGCUGCAAAUGAGACUUUUGUAUCAAAAUGUAAUAUAAGAUUUAUUUACCUCAGCAAUAUCCUGUGGCAAUGAUCUCCCCGAGUUGAAUGCAGUACUUUUUCCUUUUCUCCACUGGAAAAUGUUGCCUUUCCAAGUCCAACGAGUGCCUUCUUGUUCUCUAACCUAGCAAAGGUAAACAGGGCAUUGCAGCCAGUCUGUUUACCAGCAUUGAAUACCUCAGGCCUGUCUUCUAUUGCUUUGCUCUUUGCAAAUUAAAGAGUUUCACACUGUUAUCAAUUAUAUGCAAGCCUUAUCCCUGUCUUCAGUUGAGAGGAUUAUUAUUUUUUGAGAAAUAAAUGGUCAGAACUGAUCACUCACUGGCAGUGAGGAUUAUCAGAUUUAUGCAAUGCCAUCACACACCUUCUCCCACUGCAGAACAUUCAGCUUUUUUGCUUUCUGCCUGCAUUGUACUCUGAACAGAUGUCAUCACUGGAAUUCCUUUAGCAGUGGUAGCUAAACUUAGAGCCAGGCAUCUUUUUCCUACCAGUAGUCUGUCAAAGAAUAAAUGGAAUUCAUUUUGCUAUGA